AUGAGCGUGGUUAUCCCAGAUGAACCAACCAAGCAGUCCAACAAUGGCUUCUUCUUUGGCAACUUUAUGAAGUCGUUUGCCAAUGCUGAAUCUCCCAAGGAAAUCCCUCACGAUCUGACCGAACCUGAAAGCGAGAGCGAUUUUUCAGGGUCCGAUACAUCCAGUCCAAAGGAGCUCAUUACGCCUGUGGAAAAUGAAGACAGUGACGGUGAGGACGAAAGUGGCUUUGCCAAGGUGAUCCCCCAAAAGCCUUUUCAAAAGCGUUCGUCUUUCCUCUCCAUGUUUGAGAAAUCAACAGACGAGAUGUCUGUGGUGGAAGACCAGGAAGAUGAUGUUUCCUUGGGCAUUAUCGAGGAGAUACAAGAUAUCACCCCAGAAGAGAAUUCGGCUACUGCAGUGGCCAGCGACGAACCAAGUGCUGAAGUCAAUGAACUUGUUUCCACCGAAAGGCGACAAAGUAGCUUCUUUGACUUAUUCUUCAACACAAUGGAGGAAAACCAGGUCGAUCUCACAAAAGAAACCAAAGACUCUGAGAGUGAUGACGUCCACGCCACCGAAGUUGCCGAAGACCAUGACGCCUCUACAACUCCGAAGACAUUGCAGCCCGAUGUACAAGAAAUGAAGACAAAUCCCUCUGUAGAAGAGACAAAGAACAGCAGCAACAAGAUGGACACUUCGUUAACAGAUGAGACAGCUGCAGUGUUGAAGCCCGAAGAGAAGUUCCUUGAUGCACCAGUGAAGGCGCAAACCUCCACUCCAGAAAAGGACCAAGGCUUUUUCAGCAGAUUCUUCCAGCGAACGGAAGCCCACCAAUCUCCCAAUGAAACUCCAUCCUCCCCUUCCAAAGUACUAGUAGCAAAGACUGAGCCACCCUCCAAUGAACAUGCCUCCCCCGUGGCCAACAACGAUGACCUUCCAAGCGAAAAGUCGCUACAAUCCAAUGAAACUGCUCCUGCUUCUAAGAUCGAGCCUCCCAACGAUGACGUCAAUAAACAAACUACUGUUGAAGAAAAGGGUCCCAGCGAACCCAUUGAGUUGCCAAGAGCUCCCGCAAACUACAACCAAGACAAACGCACAUCCACUGUGAAUGAAAAAGUUGAAGGCGAAACUGAAACCUCCUACUUCCUGGGCCUGUUCAAGGUGACCUCUCCUAAGAAAGUUAAAACUCCAACUGUUGCUUUGAAGGAAGAACUUGCUUCCAACGAAACCUCUCCUAAGAACGUGGAAACUCCAACUGUUGCUUUGAAGGAAGAAGAUGCUUCACAUGAAGAGCAACAUGAUGACCUGGACACUUCCGUACGAUCAACUGAGAAGACGCGUGCCAGCUUUUUGGAUCUGUUUCUCAAUACGCCAACCCCUGAGCACGACGACGAAUGCAAGCAAGUUGGAGAAGUGACUCCUACCGGUAUGAUGGAAGAUGAGUCACAAAAGGAAGAGCAACAACAAGAAGAGGAAAAGAAGACGCUGGACGAUGUCGAUGAUAAUAUUAUUCAACCUGCUGAUGAAGAGCUUUUGGAGGUUGCAGCGGAGGUUGAGACGGACGAAACGCUAGAAAAGGAACUACUAGUAUUUCAAGAGGAACCAGAGGCUGUCGAACAUGCAUGCCAAGACGUCCACUUCAACCUGGCGGAGACUGGAUUGGAGAUGGAGCUGGAGUCCCCGUUUCCACUAGAAGAUCCAUACUUUGACGAAAACUUUCUUGAGAAAGGCCAGAAAGAGAAAAUGUGUUGCUCGUUCCUCUUCCGUUGA